AUGAAGAUCUCAUCAGGAUUAACACUCGCUCUCGCCGCUUUACUCCCUGCUUUGACCUCGGUCAUAGCUUCAGACGUAAUUGACCUAGCGGAAGAUACUUUCAAAGGUGAAGUCUCUGGCGAAGAUUUGGCUCUGGUAGAAUUCUUCGCUCCUUGGUGUGGACACUGCAAGAACCUCGCACCUCAUUACGAAGAAGCAGCCACCGAACUUCAAAAGAAGGGAAUCAAGCUCGCUAAAGUAGAUUGCACGGAGCAAGCCAACUUGUGUCAAGAGUAUGGCGUGAACGGUUACCCCACACUCAAAGUGUUCAGGAAUGGUACACCCACGGAUUAUACUGGUCCUAGGAAAGCUGAUGGGAUAAUCAGUUAUAUGAUCAAACAAUCUUUACCUGCUGUUUCAGAGGUCACUUCUGACUCUCAUGCUGAAUUCAUCAAAUCUGAUAAAGUCGUUCUCGUCGCCUACGGUGAUGCCUCUCACCCCAUCCCCUCCGCUUACUCUCAAUACGCCAACACCGCCCGAGAUUCCUACCUAUUCGGUCAAUUCAGCGAUUCGUCCUUACCUUCCAUCCCUGAAUCACCUUCCCUCCCAGCCAUCGUCCUCUACAAAUCAUUCGACGAGGGAUACUCCAUCUUCCCCGCUUCAGAACUCGCCAACCUUGAUGUAAGCGCUUUAACCGAAUUCGUCAAGACCAACUCCGUCCCGUUAUUCGACGAGAUCUCACCUGAGAACUUUGGUACCUAUGCCGAACAAGGUCUACCCAUCGCGUACUUGUUUGCUGAUCCUUCCGAAUCCGAGUCGAGGGACAAGCUUGUAGAGGAAUUGAAACCUUUAGCAAAGGAGUUGAAGGGUAAAGUCAACUUUGUCUAUAUCGACGCGGUGAAAUUCAUAGAUCACGGUAAAUCCUUGAACCUCCCUGGUGAUCAAUGGCCAGCAUUCGUCAUUCAAGAUUUAGCUGCACAAACCAAAUAUCCUCUACAGGAGAAGGAAGUCUCGGCUAAAGGUAUUAAAUCUUUCUUGGAUAAAUUCGUCAAAGGUGAAAUCCAACCUUCGAUCAAAUCUGCUCCUAUCCCCGAAAAACAAGAUCAACCAGUUUACAAGCUUGUCGCGGACGAUUGGGAGAACGUAUUUGGUGAUUUGGACAAAGAUGUGUUUGCUGAGUUCUACGCUCCAUGGUGUGGACAUUGUCAACGACUCGCUCCUAUCUGGGAUACUCUGGCUGAAAAAUACGCUACCAACUCUAACGUUGUCAUCGCUCAAAUGGAUGCCACCGAGAAUGAUAUCCCUCCAGCUGCACCAUUCAAAGUACAAGGUUUCCCAACUCUCAAAUUCCGUGCGGCCGGUUCAUCCGAGUUUAUCGACUAUAACGGUGAUCGAAGCUUAGAUUCGUUGGUUGAGUUUGUCGAGACUCACAGGAAAUCCUCUGGUGGUGAAGGUGGUGCUGGUGGGUCGGGAGAUGUGGAUGAGGAAGUUUGGGAGGAUGAGGAUGCUCCUGAGCAUGAUGAGCUCUAA